CCAAUGUGCAGGUCUCAAUGUUUCGGUAUUUUAUUCCAUUGCCAAUCUGAAUUAAGGAAGAACGCAUAACACACCAUGAGCUCUCCUCAAGCUGAGACCGGCCUUACCCUAGCUGGCCGGUACUUAGUGCCUUUUUUCUUGCUUUCCUUUAUGUUAUGGAGGAAGCUGGUAAACGAUAAUGUGCAAGAGUCCUAUCUUGAUGAAGUUUUUCAUGUUGGCCAGGCUCAAACCUACUGGAGACAUGACUGGUUUAAAUGGGACCCUAAAAUAACUACUCCGCCAGGACUAUACCUGUGGUCUUACUUUGAUUGCGCAGGUCGUACGUUGCUUCGGGGAUCUUCCGAGGAGGUUGAUGUUUUUGAUCUUCGUUCUACGAAUUCCAUUGCGGCAGCUUUUCUCCUACCAUGGCGCCUUCAAACGUUAUUGGACUCGUUGAGAAAAGAGCAGAAUACUCGGGCAGCUGGAGCUUGGCUUAGCCAUACUGUUCUGAAUAUUUGCUUAUUCCCUCCUUUGUUCUUCUUUUCUGGGUUGUAUUAUACCGAUAUACUUGCUCUGAUUGUCGUGAUUCAAGCAUAUAUCUGGGAUACGGAAAGAUCGGAUUCCAACGGUCAGAAAAAGACCGCGGUUGAUGCUAUACGGGGUCAUGUGUCACUCAAAACUUUGGCUUUCGUCGGAAUUGGAUGCAUAGCUCUGGUAUUCAGACAGACGAAUAUAUUCUGGGUAUCUGUGUUCAUGGGUGGUUUACAGGCCGUUCGCACUAUUCGCCAGAACACGAAGCCUUGUGCAGUUACUGGUGCAGUCAAUAUUGUGAGAAAGAGCUUCCAAGCUCAACUGUAUGACCCGCUUGUAAGUGAAGCAAGCUUUAUCGACUAUUUCAAGACCGCAUUGUCCUUAGCAUGCGGUGCUCUGAGCGAGUUGCCUCUCCUGGUAGCAUCCAUUGUUCCGCACCUCACCAUACUAGGCGCCUUUGGCGCUUUUGUACUAUGGAAUGGUAGCGUCGUCCUGGGGCAUAAGGAGUUCCAUACAGCCAGUAUCCAUUUACCCCAGAUGCUGUACAUCUGGCCAUAUUUCGUCUUCUUCUCGUUUCCUUUCCUUUCGAUUGGCGUUUUAAAUGCCAUUUUGCCUCGCCGUUUUAUCCCAAAAUACCUCGACUAUAACUUGAGUAAUGGCAAUAGACUUCCAUCAAUACUUACGGCCUUGACUGUCAUCCCCUUGAUGCUGGCAGCCGUGCAUUUCAACACCAUUGUCCAUCCUUUCACUCUGGCCGACAAUCGCCACUACGUUUUCUAUGUUUUUCGACUUCUGACUAGGUAUCACCCUGCUGUCAAAUACGCCGCUGUCCCGGUGUACUUUCUCUGUGCAUGGUCUGUCAUUACCGCUUUUGGAGUUCUGUCACCUCCUUCGAAAUCCUUGCAGUUGCAAAUAGCUACUCCGCAGGAUGCAUUUCCUUCGUAUCCGGAGACCCAACAAAAGUCAAGCAAAAGAGAGGAGAAAGAAGCAAAGAAACAGCAAAAGAAGCAAGCAUCAAAAUCCAAGUCCGCUUCCACCGCUGCUAAAUCUCCAUCAAAACAACAAGCUCAGCAAGCUCAAGUGCUCACACCCGAAAUCCUAGCCAAGAUCCAAGCACACGUUGCACUACGACAACAACAGCGCGAUAAUCAACAGAUUCGCAUCAGUUUUGUGCUCAUCUGGCUCAUUGCGACCACGCUCUCUCUUAUUACUGCACCACUCGUUGAGCCCAGAUAUUUUAUUAUCCCGUGGGUGAUGUGGAGGUUGCAUCUCCCACGCCAGCCGACUCCGGAGGUGUUCCAGAAGCAACAACAACCGAGCUUUAAAGCGCAGUUUUUUACUGCGUUACCUGAGAUUAUGGAGACGGUUUGGUUUCUGUUUAUUAAUGCCGUGACUGGAUAUGUGUUUCUGUAUAAGGGUUUUGAAUGGCCUCAGGAGCCAGGGAAGGUUCAAAGAUUUUUGUGGUAG